CGAAACUAAACCUGGCUAGCAAGGCGACCUCUCUUCUUCGACUUCGACCUCGUUGGUGGUUCCCGCGCGCGCUCAUCGUCGCCCGCCCGCCCGCCCGCCUGUCAUCGUCGGCUCGCAUCACCGCGGAAUAAUGCAUUGUUCAUCUCUGAAGCUAAUUGGUCAAAGUACUGGAUUGUGAUGGCUGCAGCUUAGAUAAGGAUUGUAACGAGAGGGUACGAAGGGCCUGAAUUUGAUAAAAACGGUUGGCUGUCGGUUCUGUGGAGCGGAUCCACACUGAGCUGGUAAGCUUUUGCCUUUCUGGAAAGGCUUUUGUUGACCAUCAUUGUUUCUGCGCAAUGGAUGGUGUGCGGUGUGUAGACUCCCUGGCUGCUGAGGUUGCUCCACACAAUUCUUUCCGGACCCUUGGACUGACACUCCUGAUUUCAAUGGCGUAUCUUGACCUCGGGAAGUGGUUGGUGACAUUGGAAUCUGGGUCUCGGUUUGGGUAUGAUCUUGUGCUACUGAUGCUGUGUUUCAAUUUGUCGGCCAUUCUAUGUCAGUAUCUCUCAAGUUGUAUUGGCAUGGUCACCGGGAAGAACCUUGCACAGAUUUGCCGCCAGGAGUACAGUCAGACAAUAUGUGGUGUUCUUGGUCUUCAGGCAGGACUGUCCUUGUUAACUUCUGAAGUAUCCAUGAUUGCAGGCACAGCAAUUGGGUUCAAACUUGUAUUUGAAUACAAUGAUCUUAUGAGAGUCAUAUGGUUUACGAGUGUUGUAGUAAAUCUGCUACCAUACACGCUAUCCCUUCUGGACAAGAGGAUGGCUGGAAUGUUUAAUACCUACUUGGCUGGCUUUACACUUGUUUAUUUUGUGCUUGGUUUGCUCGUCAGUCAUCCCAAUACCCCUGUUAAUAUGAAUGUAAUGUUCCCCAAGUUGAGUGGUGAAAGUACUUACUCACUGAUGGCGCUACUUGUCACAAAUAUAAUAGUGCACAGCUUCUAUACUCAUUCAUCAGUUGUUCAGGUUCAGAGAAGAUUUCCGGUUCUUACCCGUGGUUCCCUGUUUCACGAUCACCUGUUUUCAAUAGUUUUAUCCUUUUCUGGGAUUUUUCUUGUGAACUAUAUUCUGCUGAGCUCAGCGGCAGAUGAAUCAAAAAACGCAAUGGCCAUUCACUUUCAAGAGGCAGUACAGUUAAUGAAUCAGAUAUUUACAAAUCCUGUGGCACCAAUUGUGUUAUUGGUGAUCCUUGUCUUUUCUGGCCACAUCAUCUCAAUGACCUGUAUUAUUGGAAGUGAUUUAAUUUCAGAGAAUCUCUUUGGUGUUAAACUGCCUGUGUUUGCACAUCAUAUCCUACCUAAAGUUUUAGCCAUGAUGACUACUAUGUACCAUGCGAAGGUUGCAGGUUCGGAUGGGCUAUAUCAGUUACUUAUCAUGUGUCCAGUUAUCCAGGCUAUGUUUCUUCCUGCUUCUGUUAUUCCCAUUUUCCGUGUUUCUUCAUCAAGAUUAUUAAUGGGAAGAUACAAAAUGUCACUGUAUGUUGAAAUAUUGGCCUUCCUUGCAUUUCUUCUUACGCUGUUUACAAAUAUCAUUUUCACGGCAGAAAUUCUUUUUGGUGAUAGCACAUGGACAAAUGAUCUGAAAGGAAAUACUGGAAGCCCUAUUCUACUUCCUUAUGCUGCUGUAGUCCUGAUCUCGUGUGCAUCUAUUGCUUUUACACUGUUCGUUGCUGUUAAUCCACUAAAAUCAGCAUGUACUGAAGCUCAGGAACUGUUGUCAUCGGUCCACCCACAGAGAAAAACAUUGGACAAUGCUCAUCAUAACCAAGCGGCUUCUCUUGAGCAUUCCAAAACAGCUUCCGAGCAUAUUGGUCAUUCCAGAUCAGCUUUCGAGCAUAAUGGCAGUUCUGAUACUACUGUACAAUCAACUGAUCAUAUGGUUAUUAAUCCUGAAGCUCGGCCCUCACCGUCUAUAAACUGUGAGACAAAAACAGCUGUGGUUAACUGAGAGACAGCCAGGGUCAAAAGUUUGUAGUGCCACCAUCGUAGAGCAUAAUACGCCAGAGAACUUAAAUGUUAAUAGCUUAACUGAAAAGGAUGCCUAGGUAGAUGCAAAUGCUUGGAGGAAUAAGGAUUCUGUUGUGGCACAGAAUCUGGUCUCAACUGGAGGUAAUGGAACUUUGUAAUGCAUCACCAUCUUUUACUCUUGAGCAAGAGAGAAGACAGUGAUGCUGGUAGUCUCUGUAGUAGCCUCUUAACACACUAUUGUUUGGGCUCGUGCUGCAAGCCUGCAAGAAGGCAGUCAGGCAGAGCAAGUUCCUAGAUCAUGUGGACUCAACAACCAGGUUGUAGUCUCGAACUUUCAGAUAAGUGGGGCUCUUGCAGCAUAACCUUCAGAGAGAAGUCCGCUCUGUGCAGUAGAGUAUGAACACCAACAUCAAUCAAUCCCUUCAGACCUACCAACCAUUCAGUGUGGAAAGAGCGGAAUUGGAUGAGUGAGGUGAUCACUGGCCGGAGAUAUAGCGCGCCCAAUGACAAUUCUCUUAAACAGAGCUUUUGAGAAAUGAGGCUUGCAUUCUUAACUUGAGGGAAUCUUCGGGCCGACAUUCUUUGAGGCCCCAAGGAGACUCCUCGCAGCGUAUGUGCUUGCCUUGAGAGAGCAGCCCGGUUGCAAAUGCU